GAGCUGGGACUCGGUACGCGCAGGGCGGCCAGAGCAGCAUGGCGGAAGACGAGAGCGACCAGGAAUCGGAGAGACUCGGCGAGGAACUGAAGGCCAUUAAUGAGCCGCGCCUUCCCGCCGGAUUGUCUCCUGUCCUGAGCAGCCAGUAUUACUGCUACCGCUUCUGCCAGGUUGUUGAAGAUUAUGCUGGAAGAUGGCAAGUUCCUCUGCCACAGCUUCAAGUACUUCAGACAGCUCUCUGUUGUUUCACAUCUGCAUGUGUAUCUUUUCCAGAUGAAUGUGAACAUGUACAGUAUGUGCUAAGUAGCCUAGCACUGAGCUUUUUUGAACUGUUGUUAUUCUUUGGAAAAGAUGAGUUCUAUGAAGAUCCUUUAAAAGACAUUCUGGGUUCAAUCCAGGAAUGCCAGAAUCUCCUCAGCAGAUACGGAAAUAUUAACUUAGAAUUGGUGACUCGAAUUACCAGAGACGGUGGACCUUGGGAGCAUCCUGUAUUACAAGCUGUUCUUAAAGGAAGACCAGUUUCUCAGGAGUUAGUUAACAAAUAUUUAAGCUCUGAAAAUCCACUGUUCUUUGAAUUACGUGCCAGAUACCUUAUUGCCUGUGAACGCAUCCCAGAGGCAAUGGCUCUUAUCAAAUCUUGCAUGAAUCAUCCUAAUAUUAGCAAAGACCUUUACUUCCAUCAAGCAUUUUUCAUGUGUCUUUACAUGUCUCCACUGGAAGAUCACCUAUUCCAAGAGCAUUUGCUGAGGACUGACUGCAAGAAUGGCAUUGAAAUCAUCUGCAACAUUGCAAAAGAAGGGAAGAUUGCCUUAGCAUUGAAUCUUUGUGAAUUGUUUCUUAUUCCACAGCUCAAAAAAGGGGAUAUGUAUUGCAUCUGGGAGCUGAUCUUUAUUUGGAGUAAACUACAGCUUAAGUCUAACCCAUCAAAGCAAAUAUUUGUAGAUCAGUGCUACCAUCUUCUAAGGAUAGCUACAAAUAUACAAGUUAUUUUCCCUUUCAUGAAAGUCAUUAGGGAUGAAAUUGGCAAGGAAGGUCUACAGAUUUGUGUAGAGAUAUGUGGAAGUGCUCUUCAGCUAGAUCUUCAUGAUGAUCCAAAAAUGAAAUGUUUGAUAUACAAAACCAUUGCUCACUUUUUGCCAAACGAUUUGGAGAUAGUGCGAAUAUGUGCUCUUUCUGUAUUUUUUAUUGAGCGCACCUUGCAGUCCUAUUAUAUUGUUGAACAGCUAUAUAAAUGUACAGAUGAAGAAUACAAUGAACAGAUAAGUUCAGUUCAGAAUCGUGUACGUUUUGAGUUGCUCCCAAUUUUGAAAAAGGGAUUGUUUUUUGAUCCAGAAUUUUGGAACUUUUUGAUGAUCAAACAGAACUGUUUAGCGCUGCUAAGAGACAAAACCUCAGUUGAACUGAGUGAACAUCCACUUGAGCGUUCUUCUGCAAAUACAUCAAAGACACGUCGAGCACUGCGGAGUGAUCAAUCUUGUAUACCUGAGAUAAACAAUGGAGAACUAGACCAUGAAGAUACUUCUGAAGCACAAUUGAAAAAUGAUGGUAAUUCCAAAAAGAACCAUGUAGUUCUUAAUUCAUCUAAAAUUGAUCACAGUGUACCAAAACAUCGCUGCAUAUUAUGUAACAGAGAAUUUCUUGGUGGUCACAUUGUGAGGCAUGCCCAGGCCCAUCAGAAAAAGGGUAGUUUCUCAUGUGUAAUGUGCUGUAGAAAAUUCAGGCAAAAAGGUUUAAUGCUUAAGCACUUAAAGAAUCACAUUAAGAAAAUGACACGGCAUCAUUUGACUGUUACUUGUGUUGAAAAAGAAACUUGUGAUGUAAAUGAAAUGAACUGUUCUAGUGCUGAUGUCUCUCUUCAAAAUGGGGACUUGGAAAAUGCUAAAGAAAAUGAAGUAGAGCUAGUCAUUCCAAGUACUAAUCAGGAAAUGCAGAAUUCUGAAUUUGCACUGGAUGUAACCAAAAAUCAUGUUAGUUGCCAGGAUAAUGUUGUUGAAAAUGGUAGUUGUGAUAACUAUUCAAAUAACAUUCCUGAGGCAGAAAUUAAAGAGGGAUCACCAGAAAACAGCCUGAAUAGAGAACUCCCUAUACUCCACAAAGUAAAUGGCGUGCUCUGUCCUCAAAAUGAUUUGGAUCACACAAGUAACUUCAAGUGUCCUGCUGAUGGAUGUAUUAGAGUCUUUAAAAAAAUACGGUUUCUGAAUAAGCAUGCACGUAAAGCUCAUCCUUCUGAUCUGAAUGUGCAAGAGCAUAUAAUGAAAUGGAAUAAUGGAAAAUGUCGGUUUUGUCAGAGAAAAUUUUUGGAUUCUCAUCAUUUUAUUGAUCAUCUGAAACAACAUGUUUAUCCAAAUGUAUAUUUUUGUUUGCAUUUUAACUGUAAUCAGAGAUUUAAGCUGUCCACUGAGCUUGCAGAACAUAUGAAAAGUCAUACUGAGUUUAAAGCUCAGUGCAACUUUGCAGAGUGCUAUAAACUUUUUGAUGACAUUUCAUUGUUGUAUGAGCAUGAAGCUCAACAUUAUUUAAACAAAGCAAAUCCUUCUGAAGUCAGUGAAAAUACUUCUUCAGUUGUUGUUUUGGAAUCCCAGUGUAGUAUUCAAGAAAAAGGAGGUGGUAGUGGUGAAAAGGAGGGUGUAAUAGACUUACCAAUUCCCACUUGGAAAGCAAGGAAAGAUUCCUUAGAACCAAAGACUUAUAUCCAGAGUGAGAAAAAAAUAAAUAAUCUAAUCCAGAAUGGGAAUGAAAAUGCAUUUGGUGGUACUGUCACAGUUGUGAACUUAAUAGACCAAAAGAUACCUGCAGUAGAGCCAAAUUUAGAAAGCUGUAAACUUAAUGAUCAGCUAGUCAAUGGGCAUGGUGAACUGGAACAAACCACAGCUACACUGGAUACUGAUUUGGAAAAAAUGAGUGCCAAUACUAGGACAGAAAAUGGAUCUCUUCUACCUGUUCUGCAGAACUGUACGGAUAUACCACCUAAUAGUCUUGCUGCAGUCUCUCAGUCACUUUCUAAACCAAAUCAGAUAACAGAAAAUACGUCAUAUGGCUUAAUUUUAACAAGGCCUUACAUUAGACCAUUGCCUCCGAGUUAUCUUGAUGAACGAUAUAUUAGCAUGCCAAAACGAAGAAAAACUUUGACUGAUAAAGCAGAUGCACAUUCAGAGCAAGGCAAAACGUGUAGCAAAUCAGAGAGAUUAAGAUGCAGCAAAUGUUUGACCACCUACUGUAACUCAGAAGCACUUCAGCUUCAUCUUGCACAAAAGAAGUGUCGGACACUUUUUGGAUUCGAUUCAGAUGAUGAAAGUGCCUGAGCAAAUGUUGUAUAAAGACUUCUCCGUUUGAGGAGUGGUGAUGGAACACUACAAUAUUGUGCAUCAACCUGCUUUUCCCUUCUUGGCCUUAAUUAUAAAGAAGUCUAAAAUUACUAAAGAAAGUCAUGACCUUUUUGAGAAUUAAAGCACACGGGUGACAACUAAGUGAUAGUAGGAGCUGUGCAGUAUUAGCAUCCAGAAAACAAACUGUGUUAAAAACCCCCAAAGUACCAGUUAUCUAAAAGCCACACGUUCUUGCGUAGUUCCAUUCUUAAGUAAAUUCACUGGGUGGCUGUAUACAGAGUAGGUUUCAUGCUGACUGAUAACAAUUGCUCUAGAGAAAAAUGCACGUGGGACAUGCCUCUUUCUGAUUCUGUAUGUUCAAAGGAAGCCAUUCUAUAUGAUAAAACUAGUUUGAGUCACAUUCAAUGUUGCUGUGCAUUAAAAUCUGAUCAGUUAAAAUCGAUCCAUUUAUAGAGGUUGACUCUUCUUGUGAUGGUAUAUUUUGUACCUUGAAAAUGGAACUGAUAAAUGUAAGAAAUAAUCAGUGCUGGGCAGUGUAUCUUAAUAAAUGUUUUAAGGCAUACAAUAAGAGCUAAAGUAUGUCUUUGGUAUUUCCAAAUUCAAAUAUUAAACUAUAUUCAAAUGCACCAAAGUUUAUUUUUUCAACACCUGAUUCAUGAUGUAUGCAUAGAUAGAAUUCAGUCAUAGCAAGAAAUAGCAAAUCCACACAGUUACAAUAUUUGGUGUCAUAAAGCAGUUUUAGGUUCAAUAGCAAAUUCACAUGACUAGAAUUUAACUGAAUUCAGCUGGUGUAUAAAACUUAAUUUUAAGCAUAAUCUUUCUUGGGUUGUUUGCAUGGCUUAUACCUGUUAAAAGCUAAUUUUGUAUUUAAAAUGAAUAAAAAAGGGGAGUCGCACAUGAUUUAAAUGCACAUUAGGAUACUAGGAAUAAAACUACUUUAUAUUCAUAUUGUAUCAAUAUUGAAAGGUCACACUGAAUUUUCUUUAUGAAACGAUUGCGUUCUUAAGAAAUCCAUAUAAAAGCUAUCGUGACAGUGCAUGCUUUGAAAAUAAUUCAGAAGUAGUACUUUGAGCAUAGAAUCUCUGCUGUUCAUUAAACAGUCCUUUUGUCAGGCUUCCAUGCAAGUACAACAUAGUGAGGUUCAAAGCAUUUCUGAAUCAUUUUUUAAAGUGAGCAUAGAUCUAAAAUCCCUUGACAAACUUAAGCAGUAAAAAAUAAAUUGCUUUUUUUAUCUGAAUAUCAAUAAAAUUAUUUGCACUGUGCCUUGAAAAAUUAAGCUUUAAACUUCUUACUCUUAAGUUAAUACAUAUAUAGGCAGAGUAUUCUAAUCCCAAAAUAUCCAAGAAACCCGUUUCUUUAAAAACAAUGCUGUACAAAUAUUCAUCAUGAAAAAUAACAUUAAGAACUCUUCUUGCAGAUCAUUGAGGUUUGAAAAUAUUCAGGAUGGGAUUACAAAUUUUCAAAAAUGGUAAGGUUAUUUGAGCUAUUGCGCUAUAUUUUCAAUGCAAUCCUACACAUUUCUACUCCAAAGUCAGUCCCAUUGAGUUUAAUGGUGCUUACUCUCAGGUAAGUGAGUAGAUUUAAAAAAAAAAAUCAGGUAGCUUAUUCAUAGAGAAUAAGAACAUUUCAGUGUUCUUGUUAAAAAUGAAACCAUUUUUCCUCAAGAAACAAGUAUGAAACUGUAUGCUUGAAAUAUAUUAAAUUAUAUUUCCAACCACUUUUAGAUCAGUCCUGAUGUCUAGGCACCAAAUGAUACUUUUAAUAACUACACAGUUGAAGCUGUGCUUGACUGUGCUAAAUAUCAAAGGUUAUUCUUGAAGCAAUUCAAAUUAUAACAUGAAGAGCAGACUUUUUUCAAUUUACUUUUGUAAGUCAUGCAAAAUUGCACAAAUGGUACCUAAGUUCUCUACUUUUGAGAUAAUUAAAAAUCCAAAAUUAUAUAUUUUGUAAUAUAUUUGUACCUCUUACUAUAGGAGAUUUUAUUAAAAAUAUUUUAAUACUUUAUAUUAUUAAAUGGGAGUUAUUGGCAAAUCUCAAUCUUCAACUGUGUCUUAAUUGGAAUUUACUUAAUUUGGUCAGAUUAUAGGUUUUCCUUGUACAGGAGUCCUAAAAUUGGGGGUUUGAAACAACAUGUUUUAAUAUAUCAUUACAUGAAACUGAGUUUCUUCAAAAAUAAAACACAUUGAUUUUCUGUAGUGCUAAUAUUCUGGGACCUCAGUAUGUAGUAGCAGUCUUAUAGCCAGUGUUUCAUUUCUUAAUCUGCAUUAGGGGUGAUGAUUUAAAGACAUUGUUGUGCUAAGCCUGACUCGUUAUUACAUGGCACAACUCUGCAAUUUUCAUAGUGACAAUAUAAAAUGGUUUCCUAUUACUUUCUUCCAUAUUUCUUUGACUAGCUGGACCUGGAAUUCUCUGUUGAUUUGCCAUUCAACUGAUAUAGUCUGACUCAGUUUAUAAUCCAAGCCCAAGUAUGCCUGGUACUGACACCUGCUGAGAUGGAUAAUUAGUGCUGUGGGUAUAAAUCUGUAGAUCUGUUUCAGUGGAAUUUGAAAUUAAAAUAAUGGUUGGCUUCCAAUUAGUAUUUACUUCAGUGGAAUCACAUUUGUCAUCCAAGCAGAUUUUCACUGCAGCCUCUUAUAGAACAGAUGGGGAUAAAGAUUGAAGAGGGCAGGUUACGAAGGGCAUACAGUAUUUGCAGCAUUAGAUAUCACCCAUUACUUUGUUUGUUUAGUUUUAAACAUUGUGUAAUCAGUUUGCUUUAAAAUAUGUCCAUGAUAUAUAUUCCCCCAUUUGUGUAUAUUUUCCUGUGAUUAUAUUUCAGUAUACCCUGAGCUGGGUUUUAAUUUUCUAGAAACGAAGAGCAUUAGCUUUUCCACCAAUUUUAAUUUCAGUGUCUGUAUGCACUCCUGACUUACAGGCAUCAGCAUCUAAGUAUCCAGACUUUUGGCUGCAUUUGAGCCUUUCUCAGGAAUACAUUCCAUUUCAAAUUAACUCCAUAUAAUGUAACAUCGUAAAUAUUUCGUAUAAAUCUGAAAGGGAAGAUUAGCCUUCUAUAAAAUGUUCAGUUUUCCACUUGCUAUGUUAUCACUUUUAAUGGAAAACUCUUAAGUGGAAUUUUAAGGUAUAUGAUCUGAUCUGAUGUGCUUUGCCACCAAACAAAUGUUUAGGAGAAUCAUACAAAUUAUAACACUGCCUUUCAGAUACUGUACUAACAUUUGAUGUGUCAGUUAUCCUAAAAUGGAUUUGUAACUUUAUUUCAAGGUAUUCCCAAUUUGCUCUUACACACUAGGAAUUAGUAAUUAAAUCAGAGGGGCCUAAUUCCAUAAUCCAAAGAUACACAUUUUUGGAAAACCUGUUGACUCUGCCCUUGGUAAGUGAUUAGUAUUUUGAGCUCCCACCAGCUUUUAAAGCAGGAUACUGUUUGUUUCUCCUUGGCCAGGAGAAGAGUUACAAUGGUGACUUCAAUCAAUCACUUGUUUGUCAUGAACAAGUUUUGAUUAUUGCAAGAAAUAGUUAAGGCUCUCUUCUAGUAAAUUAGAGCUGGUAUUGAUGUUGCAAAAGUGGUAUUUCUCAAAUGGCUUGUGUAAUGUCCCCUUAUCUCCAGUCAGGAAUGAGAAGACACAAAGACAGCAAUAGUCAUUGUGAAGUGCUUAGUGGACCCAAUUGAAAAUUUGCUAUGAUGGGUGCUAAGGUUCCCCUCCCCCCUCUCUCCAUAACCCUGCUACUAGAAGAAUAUAAUGGUGCCCACAGCCAGAACAAUACUACUGUUGUAUUUAAGAUUAUGUCAUCUGGUCUGAUGAUUAAAGUUUAGAAGCUAAAUUAUUGCUUUGAUAUUGCCCAAUGUUUUGCCAGCUAAUAAACACUUGGUAUGCUGCUCACUUAAUCUCCCUAUUGGAUAAAGAAAUUGCAUGGCUGACAAGUGUUUUCUAACCAGAUGCCAGAUAUCUAAAUAAGACAAAAUAUAGGAAAAAAUAUACUACACUAAUUUCAAGCAUCUCCAUUAAAUCUGACUCAAGCUAGAUACAAUUAUUAGUUUUUCUGAUUUUUAGAAUAGCCUGUAGUGCCUACAAUGGAUCCUCCACUACCCGAAAUAUUGACAGUGUUUCCCAAGUCAUAGCCUUUUUAAGACUUGAAAUACUCUUAAAGGAUGCCUCAAACUUGUUUAUCCAUUUGGUUUGUCACACGCUUUGUGGAUUCUUAGACAUGUAAAAUCAAAUAUUGGUCUGUGGAUAACUUAUCUCUGCCAUCUAUUUUGUAGAACAAAUUUGAAAUGCUUAUUGUGGGAAAGGUCACUGGUACUUUGGUCUAGCCAUAUUCAAUUAAACAUCUAGAAAUUGUAUAUUUUGAAUCAUGUAGAACAGGAUUCAGCAAUUCUCCUUGUUUAAUGCCAAGGUGUAGGAUGAAAUAAAGGAUUUUUUAAUUUAUUUUGCACUGUAUAACAUCUUGAUUAAAUGCAGUGUGUCUAUUUUUGAACUCUUAUGUUUAAUUUGUAAAAAACGAUUACAGGUUUAACAAGUAAGGAAAUUUGUGCUUCCUUCUUGAUGGUUAAAUUAUUUUAUUCUGCAUUUUAUACGAGUACAAAUUAAAACUGAGCCAUCAAACUGCAAUAAAUCAACA